CUGCUAUUGCGUUUGUUCCCCUUGAGCCGCAGGACUAGUUCAUUAGUUUAUUAUUAGUAGUUGUUGUACUCCGUAAUACGCGAAGAGAUCGAUGUCGCAGCAGACUUUUCUCUUCUGAUCAUCAUUCGGUCCACCACAACCGAUAAAUCAUAUUGUAUUUUGGUCGUUCGUAAUCAGUGUGAGAUUAGAAGAAAAAAAUUGCUUGUUUUGUUCUUUUCCUUUUCUUACUUUUCCUUUCCUAAUUUUUUUCUCUCGUUCCGCCUGCUUUUGGUUAGGAGAGAUUCCGAUCUUUGCAGAUACAUCUCUCUCUCUCUCUCUCUCUCUCUCUCGCCCAGUCAACUGAUCAGCAGAUCGAUCUGAUUGAUCAACGAGAAUGCGUGUGGAUGCCUGACCACCACCAGUUGCAGAACUGCAGAUGUCCCCAGACGCAUCCACGGCUGCUGGCAAUGCAGCCUCUCCUCUCCUCCCCUCUUCUUCCUCCUCCUCCUCUUCCUCUUUCUCCUCACUCCCAGCAGACCAGCAACAUCCCAACACUCGUCGACGACGAAAGACCGAAUCCGCGGUGAACCAGCCACAUCUCCAUGUACAUGUACCGCAUCAGGACCCGCAUGAGUCCCUCUGUCGCCGUUCCAUUGUCAAUCGUGCCAGGACCAUUACCUUCAGUGCCGGAUCGAACCCACGUCAGAGCGAAGGUCCGUCCGUGACGAGGUCGAAACCAGGAAUGCGCCCGACAGGUGUAGGUGUAGGUGUAAUGAUGGCGGCGGAAGGCCGUGAGGCGGGCAGAGCAACCGCGCUAAAGACAGCGACUCCCGCCGCCGGCAGCUGCGACAACAACGACUACUAUUCCCCUUCAGCUCGUCCCACUGUACCUCGAACCACCACCACCACAACAACCUCAACAAUUGUUUCACCCACGUCUUCUUCCUCCCAUUCUUCCUCAUCGGCCGCCUUUGCUGCUGCUUCGCAUACCUCUUCUCCCUCCGCUGUUCCUCGUCCCCCUCAGAGCCGUUUCAGCUUUGAAUACAAGUAUCCUCUUCGCAAACGAGCUCUGACAUCGUCGCACACCAGCGCCGCCAACGCUUCCGUCCAGAACGGCGACGACACGCAUCCGGGCCCAGACCCGACUCCGACCCCCCAACAACGCACCAUCCUGUAUGACAGACCCCGGCGGUCAGUCCCCAACUUCCAUUUGUCCCAAGUUCGCGAUCCAGCGGGGUUUGGCUAUCGACCAACAUCACCUCGACGGGCCGUAGAAAACGAACCCGACUCUGCGCCACCCCUUGACGCUCCCUCGACGGUUCGCGCGACGAAUCCAAAUGCACCCAAGCGUCGAAAAUCCUCUCUUUAUGAUCAGCAGUCGAUUCCAGACGUGAACGAUAGAAUGUCCGCCUCCUCGGUGGUUUAUGCUCAGGGGCGAACGCCGGCUGACGAGCGCAGUCGCGGUGUCGAUGGGUUCGACCGAUACAGUCAGUCAGGAGACGGCAACAAGACGCCGGUCGCAGAUGAUACCCGCGCCAAAAACGAGGAUAUUUUUCUAAACAUUGCGAGAUCGGAUUCUGGUCGUCGCGAUUCGUUCGGGCGAUCAGAGCUUCGACGGUCGCGAUUCAGGAUGUCUGGUAGUGGACUUCGUUCAUCAACCUCUCGUGUUUCGGAACAGAUGCCUCACCCCGAGCAGCUUCGCUUGAAUACUUACGAUAGCCCCUUGCAUCCGCAUCAAGAAUCUCCGUCCACCCCCCACACGGCCGCCCUAUACUCUUACUCAGCUUCCGCCCAUCCACUGGAUGAACAUAGCCGCCCGUCCAGCUCGGCCUAUGUCCCCAGUUCCAGGUCCGCAAUUGGUCUACCACGAAGUCGACUGGGCCGGUCCAGUCCCGAACCCUUAUCCUACAGCCCCGAGUCCUACCCUGAGAGACGCGGUUCGCUGCACGAGUCCCGAGCCUAUCGCCAAUCGACCCUUUCGUCUAUUCGAGGCAGCCGACAACCAUCCAGCUCGGAUGUGACCGAACGCGCUCGAUUCGAGUCCGAGCGGUCCCGUCAAGAUGGGACGGAAUCCACCUUGUCUACAACUGCGCCUUCCACGGUCUGGGAUGAGCUCGAAGAUCUCAAGUCCCGAAUCAAGAAGCUAGAAUUGACCGGGAAGCUGCCGCCCUCGUCCCAGGAAGCGAUCUCCUCCGCUUCUGGGGAACGGCCACCAACAGCCACAACGACUAUGACUACGGUGUCGUCUUCACCCAGGCGUUCCCACAAGACAAGCACUUUCUCGGGUGAGGCAGAGGGCCCUAGCCCUGUCCAUCCGCUACUACAGUCGGCUUUGGUCAAUGCGAAGGACGUGCUCAGCAAUGAAGUCUACACCGCUUUGGAGGUGACCGCUACCGACGCGCUAGCGCUCUCGACUCUGCUUGGAUCCAACAAGGCCCCAUCUGGUACCGGAUCCGUGGUCAAUGGGUAUAGCACAUCUGAUAGGCAGGCAAGACGGAAAGCAGACAGCGUUUGCCGCAGUUUAACCGAGCUGUGCCUUGCUUUAUCGGACGAGCAACACCGGAGACAAUCGGCCUUAGUCGUCAAUGGUAGAGCUGAGGAGGAGGAAAGACAUGCGCACGACGACGACACGUUGACCCCGACGCUGCCUUUUCGUCGAAGCACGACUCUCGAUUCCGAUGGGCUAGUGCGACGACAGAGCACCAAACGUGUAGGUAGCCGUUUAGAGACCCGUCGAUCAAGCGUCGCAACUGCCAUUCCUUCCCCGGAAUCCCAGCACGGCGACCAAAACAACGAACCAGUCUCAGAAGCGAAAGUGACCCACUCACCCAGUUCACCGGCGCCCACUCGGUUGAGUCGACUUUCGACUUCGUUACGGACCAAGCGACACCGGACUGAUGAUGAGGCCCUUGUUGAACAGACCCCGCAGGUUCGCUCGCCCACAAGAAGUAUCGCGGACCUUAGCAGCGCAGCAAACAACUAUCGCGUAUCGCCACGCCAGCGCAUGUCUCAUGGAUAUACUGCGUCCCAGUCCAAGGCUAUUGCAACGCCGGAUCGCAACCCUAGAUUCUCGCUUCAACCUCAACCGUCGCAACUGCCUCAGCCUCGGACGCCUACCCUCUCACAGUCCGCGAUUCCUCUGCGCCGGACUUUGAUGACUCCAAGUUACACCCCUGCCACUGCGCGCUCGAACAUCCAAGCGGGUUAUCGCCGGUACGGUGCAGCAUCUGGGCUGAGCUCUGCCACUAACACGAGCGAUGGAUCCAUCGAGGAGAGCGUCUUAUCUCCACGACCAGAAGCUUCCCAGACUCGAAUCAUUGCACCCUCGAGCAAAUUAGCUACGAGUUACACUCCGAUCAGCCAAAACCGAGUUCGAACCAACAGUCUAGGCGCGCGGAAAUUUGGGCUUCGACCGCGGUCACUUGCUGUGUCAGAUGACGCUAUUAACACGUUCGAUGACCGAAUUGAUUAAAUACAUCCACGACUCUUUUUGCUUCUUCUCUACCUCUCAUCUCAAGAAGCCAACGUCGUUCACGCAUCCACACCCCCCAAAAACCUAUACCAUAUCACGCAGCGCCUCAUUCUUGGUACAUGGAUUGAUUUCAGUUCAGCCGGCGUUUCUCUUAUGAUUUUGAUUUUGACUCUCCCAGGAUCGCCAUGGAGCAUUCU